CAAAUGGAAACGUCCAUGGUAAAAUACACACUGUACAGAUGGGGUGCUAACAGUUUUGGGCAGCUUGGGCUUAAGAAUGCUGAAGAUCAAGUGAAGCCACAGUGUGCAGAGUUUGGACAGGAAGCAAGAACAUUACGUGCCAUCACAGGCGGAGGGGGGCAUUCAGCGCUCAUAACUGAGUCCGGGAAGCUGCUGGUAUGUGGACAAAAUCACAAAGGCCAGCUUGGACUUGGCCAUGUAUCAGAGGUCAUGACCUUUCAGCUGUGCCAGUUGCCUGGCAGCAGGACAGUUCAGCAAGUGUCAUGUGGCUGGGAUUUCACCAUCAUACUCACAGAUGAUGGACAUGUCUUGGCAUGUGGCUCCAAUGCUUUUGAUCAGCUGGGUGUCAAUCUCCAGACACAAUACUCUGCACAGCCUUUACUAAUCACGUCUUUCAGAGACCCUGUCAUCAGUGUAUCAGCAGGACUUAGACAUGCACUCGCAGUAACAGGAUCAGGUUGUGUAUAUCAAUGGGGUACAGGACUGCUAAAUCAAGCGAAAAGAGCACUAAAUCCUCAGCCUGUCCCAGCCCACUUCAGCGCCAAAGAGCCAUGCCUGGUCACAGGGAUGGGUCAGAUACCUGCUAAGAGUGUAACUGCAGGCUCUGCGCACUGUGCCUGUUUGACAGUGCCAGGUGAGGUGUUUCUAUGGGGGAGUAAUAAACACGGCCAGUUGUGUAGAAAAGAGAAAUUCCUACCUCUUCCUACAGCUCUAGACCGCUCACUGUUAAACAGAGAAAGCGUUUCAGCUAUACACAGUGGCUGGACACACCUAAUCGCCCAAACAGAGAGUGGGAGAGUCCUUACAUGGGGAAAAGCCAGUUAUGGACAGCUUGGGAGACAACUAAGAGUCAGUGACGGUACAGAACUAUGUCUUCCUUCAGAGGUCAGGACACUUCAUGGAGCCACUCAGAUUGCAUGUGGCUCGGAGCACAACCUUGCCAUCGUAGGGGACCGAGUUUUAUCUUGGGGUUGGAAUGAGCAUGGGAUGUGUGGAGACGGUUCUCUUUGUGAUGUCAUCCAACCUCAGCCAAUUCCUGAUCUUCAAAAUGUCAAAGGUCUCCUGAUUGGUUGUGGAGCAGGACACUCCUUAGCACUUUGUUCUCUGAAGGACAGUGAUAAAGCAGGAAGCUGAACAAUAUUUAAAAAGAUAUAGGGCCUCUUUGUUUCAAUUGUUAUUUCAUUAAUGUCUCACUGAAUAUGUUAAGACAUCUUGAUAUGAGAGCCACUAAGAGCUUGUUGAUCGUUUUGCAGAAUCUACGAACUUUUAAACAAGUGAAAAAAUGAUUAUUUACAAACUUUGAUUUAGAGUGGAUUUUUACCCAAUGUAUUUAUUAAUAUAGCUCUGUCUCUCUCUCUCAGUCUCUUUAGUCAGCUGAAGUACUUGGUGGGUGAUACUCAAAUAAUCCUUACUUACUAUUAACUCCAUUAUUCCUCAAAUUUUUAUACUGUAUCCCGCUGUAGGUUUUUUUUUUUUUUUUUGUUCCUGGGAAACACUUCAAAA